AUGGCAUUGAAUGUUAUAUCACCCCCACUAUUCUCACUGUCAAAUGUUGCAGAUACCAGAACCCUAACAAUCACAGCAUUCAACCCUAACCCUAGGACUAUCCCCAUUCACCGACCUCUGGGAUGUAACCUUAGGACUAUCCCCAUUCACCGACCUCUGGGAUUCAGAGUCCGCGCGGCUCCUGCUGCUAGACUGAAAGUGAGGGCGGCCACUGGUAAUUCAGAGUCAGAGGAAGUAAUCAUACAAUCAAAAGUGACCCACAAAGUAUUCUUCGACAUCAGUAUCGGUAAUCCAGUUGGAAAACUAGUGGGUAAGAUUGUCAUCGGACUCUUUGGGGACGAUGUCCCCCAAACUACCGAGAACUUCCGGGCCCUUUGCACUGGUGACAAGGGUUUUGGCUACAAGAACUCCACCUUCCAUCGUGUCAUCAGAGACUUCAUGAUUCAAGGAGGAGAUUUCGACAAAGGAAAUGGAACUGGAGGCAAAAGUAUAUAUGGUCGCACUUUCAAAGAUGAGAAUUUUAAACUCUCUCAUACUGGACCCGGAACUCUUAGUAUGGCUAAUGCAGGUCCCAACACCAAUGGGAGUCAGUUUUUCAUAUGCACCGUCAAGACGCAAUGGCUUGAUCAGAAACAUGUUGUAUUUGGCCAAGUCUUGGAAGGCAUGGACAUUGUUAGAUUGAUUGAAUCGCAAGAGACAGAUCGUGGUGAUCGUCCACGAAAGAAGGUUGUUAUCAGUGACUGUGGUGAGCUGCCAAUUGCUUGA